CCAUUUUGUUAAUUGAGGACUUGUCUCUCCGCCAAAUUUUCUCGCUAAAUAAGCUUCAACCUGAAACCAAAAUCACCAUAGCUAUGGCCAUGGCGUCUCUUUUUCAUCAAUCUUCGAAAACCCAUUUCUAUUUUUCUUUGCUAAAUGUCAGUAGAAGAAGCUUUUGCUCUUUCUCAACAAGUUUCAAUUCAAGAACUUUCAAACCCCCAUUUCAAGUGAGGGCAGUUACAACUCCUACUGAAGCUUUCGACGAGAUGGUUAGUGGGACACAACGGAAGUAUUUCAUGUUGGGAGGGAAAGGAGGUGUUGGGAAGACUAGCUGUGCUGCUUCUCUAGCAGUAAAAUUUGCAAACCACGGUCAUCUGACUCUUGUUGUUUCAACUGAUCCUGCUCACUCUUUGAGUGAUUCGUUUGAUCAGGAUUUGACUGGAGGGGAACUUGUUCCAGUUCAAGGAGUAGACUCUCCAUUAUAUGCACUAGAGAUAAGCCCUGAGAAAACAAGGGAAGAGUUCCGUGCAACGAGCCAACUCCAUGGUGACAGUGGUGUCAAAAAUUUUAUGGACAGCAUGGGCCUCGGAAUGCUUGCUGAGCAGCUGGGAGAACUAAAACUUGGAGAGCUGUUGGACACACCUCCACCUGGUCUAGAUGAGGCUAUUGCAAUUUCAAAGGUCAUGCAAUUUCUUGAAUCAAAGGACUAUAAUACCUUUUCUCGCAUAGUUUUUGAUACAGCACCAACGGGGCAUACACUUAGACUACUAUCACUCCCAGACUUCUUGGAUGCAUCAAUAGGCAAGAUGAUGAAGCUUAAAAAGAAAAUAGCAUCAGCUACUUCAGCUUUAAAAUCCAUGUUCAACAAAGAGGAGCCACAACGAGAUGAUGCUAGUGACAAGCUAGAGCAAUUAAGGGAGAGGAUGGCAAAAGUUCGAGAUCUGUUCCAUGAUUCAGAAACUACAGAGUUUAUCAUUGUGACAAUCCCCACUGUGAUGGCGAUCAAUGAGUCUUCACGGCUCUGUGCAUCGUUGAAGAAGGAAACUGUUCCAGUGAGAAGGCUUAUCGUCAACCAAGUCCUACCUCCGUCUACAUCAGAAUGCAAGUUCUGUGCGAUGAGAAGAAAGGAUCAGAUGCGUGCUCUCGAUAUGAUCAAUAAAGAUCCCGAGUUAGCAAGUUUAAAGAUAAUCCAAGCACCAUUGGUUGAUGUGGAGAUAAGGGGCGUCGCUGGAUUAAAAUUCAUGGGGGAUAUGGUUUGGAAAUAAAAUUGUUUCAACAAUUAUGUAGAAUAAUGUAACAGUGCUUUGUUUGCUGAACUUUUUUUCCCCAUGAGAAAAAAAAGGCCCUUUUUUUUCUCUUCAAUUUUACUCUGGAUAAGAGGUUGUGGAGGACAUGUAGUAGGGUACAAGGUUAGUAGGAUAGUAGAGAAUUGUCUUAUGUGUCCUUCCAUACUAGUAGUUGUAGUAUUUUUCAUGUAGUUUCUUAUCGUUCGAUUUUUGUUACUAUUACUGCAAUAUUUUGUUGUAGUUACUGUUCUUUUUUUU